GCGACGGAUGCUGAUGUUCGUUGGUUCCUGUGCGUUGUGAGUUUUGCUUUGAUGGGAGCGGCGGCAGCGCGGCUCCGGCGUUGGGGUACCCGUGCCACACUCUUCGCCGUACUAUGGUGCUGCAUCGUCGCCCGCGCCGCCCUGGCAGAAGGCCAUGGAGGAACCAGUGCUCCCGGGCACGAGUCGGCAAAUGCCACGUCGACGGCCCAAGGAGGCCACGAAAGCGGCGGUGGACACGGCGAGGAGACCGAAUCGGCCGACGAGGGGUUUUACAACGUGAUGGCGUCAAUCGUGACCAUCACAGUCUUGAUCUUUCUCUCGAUUGUGUUUGAAAUGGGUGCCGAGUGGCUCCGGGAAUCGACGGAAGAGAUCAACAUGCCGUUUGUCAACACAAUCUUUAAUGAGCUCACGACCCUCGGGUUCAUCGGGUCGAUCCUCUUUCUCAUGUCCAAGUCGGGGUACUUGGGCCAGAUAUCCCAAGCGUUGUUUGGCCACGACAAAGAGAUGGAGCUCCUCGAAACGAUCGAGAUGCUGCACAUGGCGCUGUUUCUGUUUGUAAUCAUCUUCCUCCUCCUGUGCAUUGUGUUGCUUCAAUUUGGCAUUCAAGUCCAAAAUGAACUGCGCGAGUUCGAACGACGCGCGCCGUACGUCCAGGUGGUCGUGGCAGACUAUUGUCUGUCGAUCGAGCCGGCCACGUCCUGGCGGACCAAACUCAGCUGGCGCCGGUGGCAAGACAUCGCCAAGUGCAAACGCGAAAUGGUGUACGUGAGUCUGCGCCGCCGAUUUGUCGACUACCACUCGAACCACCCGGACCCGAACAAGGCGAAGGAGCUCGCGAAAAACUUUCAGCUGGAAAAGGACACACGCUUCCCCUUCAACGAAUACUUGACCAUUAUCUCGGGCGAAGUCAUGGCCCGGCUCAUCCAAAUCGACGCGAUCACGUGGGUUGCGCUCGAAAUCUGCAUCGUCGUGUUGAUUUUCGUCUGCUGGUGGGUCGGCCCCGACAACGAGGUGUUUGUCCUGUUGGGGGGCGGCGCCAUCCUCAUCGGACUCAACCAACUCGUGUACCGCCGCAUCUACACGAUGAGGACGCUCUUGACACCCCCGCUGCUCUUCAAGAAGGCCGACCGGUACCGUGCUAAACCGGCGUGGCGGGCGCAACACGGUCUCCCGCUCCUCCCGUCGUCGCCGUGCAUGUCGGACGAAAAGGUACCACUGCUCUCGUCCGAGGAGAAGCUCGCGACGGACAACAUUCCGCCCUUCUUGCUCCAGCUGCCCCAAGGAGGUGUCGAGUUGACGCCCCAGCAACUCGCAGAUGCCCAAAAAGCGUUGCUCGGGGGCGGCAACGGCGUCCUCCUCGCGCUCUUCUCGACGCGGCUCGUGUUCCUUUUCACGGCACUGCACUUGAGUGUGUUUGUCAUGCGCACGGCGGGGCAGUUGGUCCACCGCAACGACAUGAACGCGCUGGAAAAAGGCGUCAUCUUUAUCCUCCUGGCGCUGCCGAGCUUGAUUGUGGCCAGCGUAUCGACCAUGAUUGCACGGGAUGGCUUGUAUUGCUUCAACGUGGAAGCGAUGAAGGUGCCGCGUGUGAUCAAUAAGGUCAUGCGCAUCUUGAAGGCGCGCCAAACGCUGCGCACGCUUCGGUUCGUGGCCGAAAUGAAAGUGUACCUGCGGGAGCACCACGCGAACGAAGAGAAGGCCGCGUCCAUGAAGGAGACGGCGACGGUCCCAACACCGGACGUCGACGCCCUCCGCCGCCGGUCCCUGUCGUUCAACGACGCAACGUCCCCAGCGCUGCCGACCCAUCACAAGUCGACGAUCGACCACAGCGCGUCGGUGGCGACGACGGGCGGCGCCGGGCUCUCCGCCCUCUCCCCCCGCACGCGAACUACCGUGGAAGAACCCAUGUCCCCCAUGAGCGAGCCGAGUUCACGGUCCAAAGCGCACGGCAAACGCGACAAAUACGACGAAGAAUCCGAGCGCCGCGAAGUCAACUCGAUCUUUUGCCUGUUUGACCGGGACAAGUCUGGCGCUAUCACGCGCGACGAGAUGCAGUCGCUGUUGCAUGUGAUCUCCCCCGACAUGACGGAAGCGCAGAUUUCCCGCAUCAUCCUUGUCUUGGACCAACACCACACAGGAGAAGUCACGUUUGAGGAAUUCUACCAGUGGUGCCGGUCCCACAUCCACGAACACUCGUCCAAGCACUCCAAGCACCACUUGAUUCGGGAAGUCUUCAAGAUGAUCGACACGGACGGGAGUGGGUACAUCACGGUCGAGGAGUUUGUCGCCAUCUUUAAAGCGCUGGGCCAGUCCUUGGACCACGACGAUGUGCGCGAACUCGUGUAUCAAAUCGAUCGCAACAGCGACGGCAAGAUCGAUUUUGAGGAGUUUGAGAAAAUGCUUCACAAGCAUGCCGUGUAAUGGCGUGCGUCGAACGGUUCGCUGAAUGCCAUGGUCGCGAGUGCGCCAGGUAUGCCUGGGACUGCGACGAAAUACAAACGUGGAUGUGGAUGGCCAAGAGCACGCAAGGCAUUGAAUGUUCAUUUUACAUGUGAUGCAACAAGAGAGCGCCGACCCA